CUGCAUAUCGGAAACAAUAAGUGGGAGUGCAGACCAGUGGAAUACCAAUAGAUGGGAUGAAAACACCACUGUAAAUGUUGCCUUAAACCUGACAUGGAAGAAGUCUGGAUUCUUUUGGACUGGAAAUAAAGCAGAUCAGUUUUUCACUAUGGAGGCCAUGGAGGAGGAGUUAAAGCCCAUUGUCCCCACCCCUAAUGUUUCAACAGUCUCCGCCUCCAGUCCGCAGAGUGAAGCUGUAACCAAUGAGCUGCAAGAUCUUUCCCUUCAGCCCGCCCCCAAUUUGCCUCCUAUUCACGAGAGGAAGAAUGUGCUCCAACUCAAACUUCAGCAGAGGCGGACUCGAGAAGAACUGGUUAACCAGGGGAUCAUGCCACCACUGAAAAGUUCUGCGUCUUUUCAUGAGCAGAGACGAAGUUUAGAACGAGCACGAACCGAGGACUACCUGAAGAGAAAGAUCCGCAGUCGUCCAGAGAGGUCCGAACUGGUCAGAAUGCACAUUCUCGAAGAAACUUCAGCUGAACCAUCUCUUCAGGCCAAGCAGCUGCUGCUGAAAAGAGCUCGUCUAGCUGACGACCUGAACGAUAAAAUCUCCCAGCGGCCCGGGCCCAUGGAGCUCGUUCACAAAAACAUCCUUCCUGUUCACAGCAGCAUCAAACAAGUCAUCAUAGAGACUGAGUUUCCGAAAGUAGAAGCGGAGAAUUCUUCGUUUGAUGAGGAAAGCAGUGAUGCAUUUUCACCUGAGCAGGCAACCAAUCAGGACUCUCCCAUCGGCCAUGCCCACUUACCUACUCCAGCUGAGAGACCGGCCAAUGAAGCCCCGCCUAAACAGGUCCCGCCUCCUCCUCCGCCUCCACUGCCAAGCCCCGCCCCUCAGCAGAAACUUCCCAAUGGAACAACAGGCCAAAAGCAAGCUCCUGCACUACAGAAGGGUGGUAAAGUGAAUAGUGAGCGACCUGCUCAGCGCUCUAAGAAAGUGAGAGACAAUAAACCUAAAGUCAAGAAGCUGAAAUAUCACCAGUAUGUUCCUCCGGAUCAGAAAGCUGAGCGUGAGCUUCCGCCUCUGCUUGACUCGUCCUACGCUAAACUCCUCUACCAACAGCAGCUCUUUCUCCAGCUACAGAUCAUCAACCAACAGCAGCAGAACUACAACUACCACACCAUCCUACCAGCUCCACCCAAGCCUCCAGCUGAUCAGCAGUCUGCCUCAGCCAGUGGUCAGUCACAGUCCAAGAACAACACUCCCCCUCAAUCAACAUCCACUAAUCUGACUGGUCAGUGUCAACAGUCCACUAUAAAUGUAGGCGGAGUUAACAUAGGCCCUCUGCCUCCCAACCUGGAGGAGCUAAAGGUGGCAGAGCUGAAGCAGGAGUUGAAACUGCGUGGCUUGACAGUCUCAGGCACAAAGAAUGACCUUAUUGAGCGGCUGAGGAAUUUUCAGGAGCAGAACGGUGGGACCAGCCCACCAACACCUAAAAUCAACACACCCUCAGCCCUAGGGGGAGGAGCCUCUUCCUCACACCAAUCUACAGAUAGGAACCUGAUGGUUACUUCCUUCCAGUUCGGUGCCUCUGCAGAAGGAGGGGGAACUCUGACAACAGCACCAAUGAUGAUGCAGUUUGGCAGCACUAGCUCCUCCCCUCCGGUUUCCCCUGCCCGCUCUGAGCAUUCAUCCACUGGAAUGAGUCCAGAUGAGGCGAGCUGUCAUGCAGAUGCUUUCGGGGAAAUGGUGAGUUCUCCUCUCACCCAGCUCUCCCUGCAGCCGUCCCCUCCUCUGCCUACCACUGUGUGCAUUAAAGAAGAGCCUGGCAGCCAAACAUCUCCAUCCUCCUCCUGCAUGCUCUCUCGUUCUGCAGACAAGGACCAGAUGCUGCUGGAGAAGGACCGGCGCAUUCAGGAGCUCACCAACAUGCUAUUGCAGAAGCAGCAGCUAGUUGAGUCUCUGCGUCUGCAGCUGGAGGGGAAACAGGUGCUGGAUCCCAAUCCAGCCGAAGAGGCACUUCCUGCUGCCGUAAUGGAGGCAAUCAGAGUCACUGUAAAGGAGGAGGUGAUGGAGGUGGUGGAGGACAGUGAGAUGGUGAUGGAGACACAGGUAGAGCUCGAGCAGCAGCAGAGGAUUGUAAUGCAACAGAAUCAGCGCAACUUGCUGAAACAGACGCAUCAGAGGAAGAGGAAAACACAGAAACAGCAGAGACAAUUUCCUCAAGCACUUACCAACCAGCAGUCAAGUCCUGUUUCUUCAGUGCCAGUCAGCCCAGUUAACCCAAACUCCACCCCCACCAUAGUGACCGACGGCAAUGGCAACCAGUUCCUGCUGACACUGUCUAAUCAGCACACAGAGGCCCCAGCCAGAGGCCGACGCCCCCAGGGCAAAGUAACCAGUCAGAGCAGACUACAGAGACUGCAGUCGACAUCUACAAUAUUACCCAACCAAUCAGAGGCUGAAUUGCUUUACAAUAACAACCAGCCCGAGCCCAUACAAACCGUCAUUUUAAAACAGCCGAUCAAAAAGGCACUUAAGCCAGACCUAAAUGUGGCGACCAAUUACAAAGCAUCAAGCUCUUCCUUCGUUUCAACAUCGUUCUUCAGUCCAGUGGAUUCAGUGAAUGAUGGCGAUGUCAUCCCUUCAUCUCCCAACAACAACAACAAUAAUGAGAAGAUGUGUUUGAGUUUGGACCAGCAUGCUUUGCUCUCUCCUUCCACCUUGUGUUCACCUAUAGCUCUUUGUCAUGAGGAAAAUGGCUCCCAUCAGCAGAUUGAUGACCUGUUUGACAUCCUAAUCCAGCGUGGAGAAAUCUCUGAGAAUUUCAAAGCAUCUCCUGAUCCUGUUCUUGAAAGGCUUCGGCCAAACACGCCGCUCACCUUGAGCUUCUCUCCUUUUAAUCUCUCUCCCGCCUCUGAAAACACUCUCAAAACUUUAAUUGCAGAACCUCGACCUCCUUCCGUCAAGGUGCCCACCAGCUGUGCCACAGGAGCUGGACGUCUUGAAGAUUUCCUGGAAAGCACUACUGGCAAACCAUUGCUGGGAGUGGAGCCAGGAGGACCGACCACGCUAAUCGUAGACCUCCACAAUCAAAUGCUAAGCACGCCAAGUAUCCUUGACCACCCGCGGUGUCCAAUGGACACAUGUGACAUAAGCUUUUCCAGUCAUUCGGCUUCCGAUUUGGUAGACUCCACCCCUGAUUCUAUGGAUUGGAUGGAGCUUGGAGUGGGCGCUUCUGCGGGGGAGGUGCCAGGGUUGGUACAUAUUAAUGGACACAACCCCUCCAGCUUGUUUUCUGCAGACUUUCUGGACACUUCUGAUCUGAACUGGUCCAGCUUGUAGUCCACAGGAAAUUUGUUCAUUUUUUUUUUUUGGAAUGGGCCACAUGUUUUGCAUAGUAACUUCAACUUUCAGUUCCACCAGGGACCUUUCCCACUUCGCUUUAACAAGUAUGAGUUAUAAUACUAACUUUACAUGUAUAAUAUUGCAUUUUGAAAGACCUAAUCAAUCCCUCAUCUCUUCUUGCACAAAUGCUUACACCCCUUAUAGUACGUGUAUGUCACUGAGAUGAUUUUAUUUGACAAUCAACAGUUUUAUCAUUUAGUUUUUUCUGGAGAGACUAGAUGUUUCGCGUUUUUCUCAUUUAAAAUAUUGUGAAUUGCUGUUACAUUCAUAUGACACUUAAAUGAGAUGUUUCAGUGACACAUAGUACAUGUACAUAUGGACACAGGCAUACAAACAAGCAAUAUGCACAUCCGUUUUGCCUCAAUUUUAGCAAAUUUGUUUAUUAGUGCAAGUGCAGCGUUUGCAUAGACAUUUCAAUUUGAAUCUGCGGCAGUAAACAAGCUUGCUUUACCAAAUAUAUUUUAAACGUAUGCAUACUGCUUAUUGAAAACUCAAUAUCUAUAAAAUAUGCACCUGAUGGAUGUAACUAUUUAUAUAGUAGUAUUAUAAUCUAUUUUUUAUAGCAUAAGCCAACUGGUUUUGUAACAUCUUGUUAGCUUUGAAAUGUGUAUAUUUGCAUAACCGUUAAAGUUAUGAUAAUUAAGUUAGAUCAUAGGUGUCAAAGUCAAUUCCUGGAGGGCCGCAGCUCUGCACAGUUUUACUCCAACCAUAAUCAAACACAACUGAUCCAAAUAAUCGAGGUGUUCAGAAGAAUCUCCAGGAAUUGACUUUGACGUUAUGAUUUAGAUUUUUAAAAACUGUAUACACCGAUACUACUCACAUAUAAGUGCCAAAAUAUUAUUUUUUGGCUACAAAGAUAGCCAAUAAGCUUGUCAAUAUUUACCUGAAUUAUAAUGCAAGAAACAGAUGAUGCUACUAUACUAAGCUAUUUAUGAUUUCAGUAUGGAAAGACAAGCCAUUCAAAAUUAGCAUCUGCUAGCAUUGCCAAACUUGAUUAGUGAACUUCGAAGUUGAGGGUAUUAAAAAACUGUAGUAUUGUUACACUUGUUUUCAAUAUGUUUAUAGUACCAAUAACAAUCAAUACACUGUAAAAAUGAUUAGUUGACUUAAAAUAAGCGAGUAAACCUCUUGAUUUUAAAGGGCACAUAUUUUACCCCUUUUUCAAGAUGUAAGAUAAGCCUUUAGUGUCUCCAGAUUGUGUCUGUAAAGUUUCAGCUCAAAAUACCCAUCAGAUCGUUUAUUAUAGCCUCCAGAAUCUGCCCAUGUUGGUGUUUGAGUACAUUCUAGCUGUUUUUGUAGCAUGUGGCUUUAAAUGCAAAUGAGCUACUUCUCCACGCCCACCGUUCCAUGUGCGUCGGCACGUGCCCCAGUAAAUUGGGUCUUGCAACGCCCCUGAUAGGUGCCCUUUAAAAUUGUUUGUUGACUAUUAAAAAAAAAAGUGAGUAAACCCAUUGCUUUAAAGUAUAUUCUAGUUUAUUAUCAAGUAUUAUUUAGUUUCAUAGUUCAUUUUUAGUAAAUGAACUGUGCAUAAUUAUAAAAAGUUAAGCUAAAUCUACUUAACAGUCUUUAAGUUACAAUGGGUUUAAUCACUUUUUUAGUUAAAGUCAGCUUGACACUUUUAAAGCAACGAGUUUACUCACUUUUUUAAAGUAAAUAUACAGUAUGAGAAGUUUGAAGAAGUAUGAAGUUUGGCAAGCUUAAAAUGAUUAUUAAUGUGUCACGUUUUUUUAGAAGUUUUUUUAAAAACAUUGCAUCAUUCUUGCUUUAAAUGGGUAUUUCUGUUUAUAUUCUGCAUUGUGUAUGCAAUGUUGUAAAUGCUUAUCACAGCGCACUGUAUGAAUUGCACUGCAUUUUAUCAAUAUGUCUGUCUGUAGACUGAAUUUUUGAUACAGAAAAUAUGAGCCUAAAAGGUAAUGAAUGUCUCUAAGAUGAUGUGAAUGUAUAGAUUUUAGUGUAUAUAAAAUUCUAAUCGCAUACAAACAUGACAUAAUCACAGUUUAUCAAUAAGCAACAUUCAGAUUUCAAGGACCUUCAGACACACCUGUAUAUCAUUACUGUUACUGUCUUUAUGCAUUGCUUGAUUGUGCUCUUUCAGUGUUUCUGCAUACUGUACUGUACAUGAGCUCAGGAAUGACUUGUGUUUUCUGUGAGUGUGUUUGUUGGCAUAUAUGUGACGUCAAUUGGAGGAACAGCAUUACUGUCCCCGGUAUUCAAGCUCUCCAUCUGUUUGAAUUUGCACUUACAGAGUUUUGGCUGGUGCUUCCUGUGGUCGAGCCCAAAUUGAACUUCAUGUCCACAUGGUUCUCCAGUCCCCCCUGUCCCCUGCUGAACGCUGGAGAAUUAAACUCCCUAAUGCUUGGCUCAAUGUGUUCAUUCGUGAGCUUUUAGGGCCUCUCGGGUCUUAAUAUUUUGUAUUAUUAUUUUUGGAAUAAAAUUAAUGUUACAAAUUAAAAUAAUGUUUUGUUU